GUGUUAUGAAUUAUUUCGAGUUUAAAAUAGGUUAUGGGUAGGUCUUUAUUGUUUUGAUCAGUGAUAUUUCAUAGGUAUGUGCAGCUUGCUUUUAGUGUUUAUUUUUUUCUUCGGCAGUUUAAGCGAAGUGUCUUGUCCGUUUAAAAGUAGAAGCUGGCGCAGCAUUGACAUUUUUUGCAAGGUUAGGUGAGGUUAUUUAUUUGUUCCCUGGAAAUAUCCGCAACAACGUCCCAAAGUAAGAAAAUAAUAGAAAAAUGGUCGCCGUCACCAUUCUUUUAUUAUUUACGCUCAUAUCGUUAACCAAAACAACAAUAGACAUGAACAUCCCAGAAUUCCAAUUCUUGGCUAAUCACCUCACGCCACAAGAGUGCCGGCAGCUCGUUGCCAGUCUGCACUUCGUAUCCCACGAGCUGCCUGAAGCAUUAAUCGAAGCAGAAGCGAAGGUUCCAGAAGAUGUGCCCUGCAUACACCUGCUGCUGCACUGGAACAGUGGCAAGGAGAAGUGGGAGGGGCAUGGGAAGACACACGAGGAUGUGGCCCUCAGGCUGCGUCAGCUCGGUAAGACAGUACUAGCUGACUGGCUUGGCAAAACAGUGUUCCAUCAACUAGCCAAAGAUAUUAAUGACUCUAUGCUCAAUAAACCGUUUGAUGCGGGGACCGAUUUAACAGUUAAAACGAAACCGUUUAAAGACAAGGAACUGAAUGACGAUGAUGAAUGGACGGUGUUUGAUUCUAUUCUUUGGGUGUAUGUGUUCUCGCUGGUCGUCAGUGCGGUGUAUCUCACGCUGUGUGCGUGCAAACGCGCGUGUUUCUAUAGAUUUCGACGACGUUGCCAUCCCAGCAAAGUCAAGGCGUCCGCGGAAGAAUUGAAAAGCCUUACAAAGAGUCAAGAUGAUGAUGAUGAAAGUGAUAGUGAUGUGGAUAAUAAUUACAGAGCUGCAGUGUCCGUGUCUUUUCAGGAUGAAAUGCCCAAUAAAAUGAAGAAGAAAUCGGUCACAUUUCAUGAUGAUUAGUUUUACCUGAGAAAAAUUAAAUGCUCGUUUCUCACCAAGUCAAAAAAAUUAGGAAUCACUGAUUUAUUUUCACUUGCUAGUCUAGAUUUACACUAAGUACCAAAUGAGAGGUAAUAAAUAGUUGCAUCUAAACUCGUUGAUCCAUUGCCGGGAAUAGUCAACAUCGAUCAAUGGCACUUAUUACUUAACUAGUACAGAUAGGUCCGUCGAGACCGCGCGUCUCGGAAUAAUAACAAAUGUUGGCAAUCCACACCGGUCAUUGCUGGGGAUUAAUAAACCGGCGCCCGCGCACGUGCGUCUGCGCAGGGGGUCACUCUAUACUGAAGAAAAACUAAGUUUCAGAGCGCUGCUGCGCGAGCCACGACCUUGUCUCGUUGUAUAAAACGUUCUGAUUGCACGACAGCUCUCGUUCGUUCGUUUUCGUCAGUGAAAAGUAACCCUACAGCUGCGGAGGUAGGAGGUGUGGUGGGGCUUGAAAAGAGAAACUUUAUUUAAGUACAAACAAUGACGACUAAAAUCUCUUUAUAAACCUUUUAAUUUUCGAGUUAAAAACAAGAAUUUCAUUGUGACUUACUUAUUAUUAUUACUAUUCUCGA